AUGUUUUGUGUCUUGAUGUUGUGUUAUUCGGUAUUCGAAAAUCAAAAAGAGAAAAGAUUCGGAAAGUGGUUUCCUAUUGGAUUGACUCUUUGGGGUCUGCUUAUUACUACGAUUAUGGUCUUAAGUGGAAGUGAUCAUCAAGAUAAAAUGAUGCAGUUAAUUGAAUUUUAUGUUUUUCAAGGUGUUUUACCAUACAUCGAAUUGCCCGAAUCCGGUAAUCUGAAUGAGAAAUCUUUACUCUAUGAAAACGAAAAUGGUGAAAAGGGUUCAAAUUAUGGUACCAUCAAUAAUUCUGGUCAUGAUGUUAAAAAAGAUGCUGAAUUUGAGAAACAU